GUUUAGUGGCGUGUCUUUCAACCGUUCUUCUCCAUGUAUGAUGAUGCUGUAUGAUGUUGUAGUCCAUCAAAUCAAGGACGUUUUAUUUCAAUUUCGAACUUUUGAAACAUGGUUGAACAACAACAACAGACAAGUAGUGUUCCACUUUCAUCGCAAAUUCCUCCGAGCCAAGAAAAACCGUCCCAAGAAGAAUACGAGUCAUCCCCUUCCGAAACAACUGAAGUUAUUUCAACAACUGAUAUUACAGAGACAGAAACAGAAGAAAUAGUUUCACCUGUUGUUGAAGAAACUUCUGAAUCGGAAAAAGUAAUUGAAGAAACUUCCGAAUCGGAAAAAGUAACUGAAGAAACUUCUAAAUCGGAAAUAGUAGUUGAAGAUACUUCUGAACCGGAAAAAGUAACUGAAAAAACUUUUGAAUCUGAACAAGUAGCCGAAGGAAUUUCUGAAUCAGAACAAGUAAUAGUAAAUAAUAUAAAUAACGAACAACAAGAAGAAAAAGGUGUAAAUAAUAAAGAAACUGAAUAUAGUAGUGUUACGGACGACAAUAUUGAAGAACCUCUUAAUAUUGAAUCUGCUCAACUUGAAAUUUCUAAUAUUCUAAAUAACACUACAAAUAUUGAAGAUAAUCAAGAGACAAAAGAAGCUUCACCUUUAUUAACUUACGUUGCCGAUAACAAACUGGAUUCCUUAGCACAAACAUCAAUACCUUCACAAGAAGGAACGGCUACUAUGUCAUUACAACAUUUAGAAUAUGAAAUUGUACAUGUAACAGGAUGGGAUGAUAAUUAUCCACCACAUCAACUUUUACCAAAAGACAAUAAAAAUUUAUCAAAAGAAGGAAGUAUUAAACAUGGAAAGGGAUGGCAAUCGGAAAGAUAUUGUAAAUACCCACAAGAAAUAAUAUUGCAAGUAUCAUGUGGAGCAGCUAGAAUUCGAAAAUUACAAAUAUUAUCGCAUCAUUAUAAAAUUGCAACAAAAUUAGAUAUAUAUGUUGGGUCUGUACAGCAAAGAAAAGAAAUGGUGGGAAUGGAAGACAUAUAUACUGGAGGUAGCAAUAAUGAAAAUAGGACAUUAUCCAAGUUAUCCUGGGAUAAACUUCCAAAAAUGAUAGAUAAUGAUGGUAUAAAUCCAGAUGAUGAUGAAGAGUCAUCAAUAUCUUCAGAAGACAAUGAAUAUGAAAUAGUGAAACCCGAUAAUAGACCUUAUAUCCUAUUUAAACGACUAGGAUAUUGUGCCCUUGAUAGCAACGAACGAGCAAAUUAUAAAGCUCGAGAAUUAAAAUCCGUUCGUCUUGAUACUGAAUGCGAAUAUAUAAGAUUGGUCGCUCGUCGUUGUUAUUCAAAUCAUUUAAAUCAAUACAAUCAGGUUGGUAUAGUAGGAAUAGCCGUCAUGGGUGAACCAGCGGAUUAUUUACUUGCAGGUGAAAGUCAAAAAAUCCCUAUCGAGCAUGCUGACGAAGGUCUGUCACGUGUAGCUUCGCCCGAGACAUGUAUCGUCCCCUUCGUCCAAGAUAUUGCACCCAAUGAUCAAAGAAAUUUCACAUCAUUGUAUUCUAUUCUUCCCAACUCAUCAUUAUCAGUGCCAAAUAACAAUACUACCACCCCAUCACCCAAUAAUAACCAAACGAUCAAAAACAACAAUCCGGUAACCGCCAAUGAUUUUUUGUCAAAUGGCGAGGAGACGGAAAAAUUGCUAGCUGCGUUUGGCAGAGCAAAACAGGCUGCGGUGAAAGUGGAAGAUUUCAACUUGGCAAAAGUUUUGAAAUAUUGUACAGAAUUAGUUAAAAAGACUUCUGAAGAAGUUUGCAAUUUUGAAGAAUUAAAAAAGAAAGCCGUUGAAGAGGAAGACUUUGACAAUGCUGACAAAUAUAAGCGUGAAAUAGAAGAAAUUAGAGGAGAAGUUCGCGUAAUUUUAUCUGACGAAGGUUUAGAUUUGGAUGAAUCGGGAGAGGUCAUUAUAUCUGAUCCAUCAUUACAAGACAUUAUAGGAUUAGCGGAUGAUGUUGAGAAUGGAUCAUCUGACGUAACUGGUGUACUUUCUGGAAAUGAACACCAGCUUCAGCAAAAUUAUUUAUUUGCAACCACUGCAUAUGUUUCAAAAAGCCGAACAAGCAGCAAUGCAUCAUUAGACCGAUCUGGUGCGCGUGCUCCAGAACCAAUGUUUCCGUCAAUGCAAAAAAGCCGAACAAGCAGUGAUGCAUCAGUAAACCGAUUUUUAGAUGAUAGACCUAUGACGGCUUAUAUCUCAAGAGAAGAAGAAUAUCCAGAAUAUCCACCAAAAGAUGAAUUUACCGAAAACGGUCCUAUAUUAUCAGAUCUAGCAAGAUCCGCCUUUGCAUUAUCAAUUCCAUACUUUGGAGAUAAUGUUAUUGUGCGCCUAUUGUCCAAGGACUCUAUACUAAAAGAAUCUGCUAUAGCAGAUGUUAUUAAAAGAAUUGAUAUUGAUGGCGAAGGUUUGCAUGUUGAAGGUCUUGAUAAAGUUUCAUUAGUUAAAGCAACUUAUCAAAUUAUGCAAGAGGCUUUGGAUGAUAACAAUGAAGAGUUAUCAUUACAAGUUUUAAUCCUUUGGAAGAAAAUACUCAGAUUUGGCACUCAUUAUCAAAUUCCCAAUAUGUCAACAUGGAAAUUUGUUGAAAAUCUCUAUGAAUUAUUGUUCAGCAAAGUAGCGGAUCCAAAUGAACGCGUAAAACAAAAUUCUACUGAAUUGUUUAUCUUAUUAGCCAAGACUUAUCGAACACCGACUCAAUCAGUAUUAUCAAUAGUUCUCAAACCAGCAAAAACAUCUUCACAAUCAUUAAAAAGAGCAAAACCUACAGUUGAGCUUAUAAUUCGAUUGGUAGAAGAAUUUGGAGUUGUUGUAAUUCCAAAAGGAAAAUUUGAUAAAGAUAACAAAUUAAGUCUUGACGCUGUUAUGGAUUUAGCAGUAUCUUAUUUAAAUAAUAGUCAUACCGAUGUUCAAGAUUCUGCUGUAAAACUUGUAUUUGAAGUUAUUAAACGUAUUGGUAGAGUAGAAGUUGCACAAUACCUUACAGAUGUUCAACCUUCGUCAUUAGAAAGUAUUUUGAAUCUCCUUAAAGAAUGGGAAGCAACAGGAAAAGUUGCAGGAGAGCCUUCACCACCUACCUCACCAAAACAAAACCCCAAUGCAGAAGAAAAUUUCGAAGUAGAUGAGGAAUUACUACAAAAACCAUUAGCAAAACGUGGAACAGUUAAUAGAUUAGAACAGCAAUUAAUGGAAGUACGACAUAUGAUGAAUAAUACCAAUCAUAAAAUGAAGGAUGAAUACGAUGAUUACCAUGUUAAUGCUACAAAAGCAUACCAUCAAGAACUCGAUGAAGAGGAAUUAGCAUUAGCAGCUGAAGAAGAACGAUUAGCUGCGGAACUUGAAGCAGAGGAAGAACAACUCCGUAAAGAAGAAUUAGCUCAAAAAGAUAAGGCUGCUGCUGCUCCUACUAAGAAAACCCCAGCAGCUCGUGGAAGUAAAUCAGCAGCUCCUAGCAAAUCUGCUCCAGCGAAGAAAUCUAAAGAUGAUAGUAAAGCUGCAUCAAGUAAGAAAACUUCGGCAUCAAAAUCAUCCGCCGCUAGUUCUAAAGCUAAACCAGAAUCCCGAAGAGGGUCAACAGAUGAUAAAUCAGCAACAAAAGGUGGAAGAAAAAAUUCUGUUAAUGCGACGCAAAAUAAAAUAACAGCAGAGCCUGAAAAAAUAACUGACGAGACUGAUGAAUCAAAAGGUGAUAGACAUUGUAUUUUCUGCGAUGAACACGAUGAUAGAUUCACUGAAGACAAUUUAGUUACUCAUUAUUGGAACGACUGUCCUGUAUUGACCAAUUGUCGUUUAUGUAAUAUUAUUCUUGAAAUUUCCACUCUUGAUGACCAUAUGUUGAAUGAUUGUGAUAAGAGUAAAUUCGUUAAACAAUGUCCUCGCUGUCGCGAAGUCAUCGAAGCUGAUGAUUACCUUGAACACAUGGCAAAACAAGCUUGUAUGGUUAUUCGACAAGAUAUUGUUCGUUGUCCUCUUUGUAAAACAGUUGUUAAGCCCGCGACAGAACAAGGUUGGAAGUCACAUCUUUUAGAUGAAAGUGGUUGCACAAAGAACCGUAGAAAAUCAAGACCACAAGUUGCUACUUCAAUGGUCAAAGAGAUGGAAGCUGCAGCAACAGCAGAAAAUCGUGAGAAAAAAUCAACAUCAACAACCAAAUCAUCUUCCACAUCAAAAGCUCCCACUCGUAAACCAACUGCUGCAAGCAAAGAUAAACCAAAGAAAGCGUCAACAACCAAAGUUUCAAAGGUUAAGAAAUAAUUUAAUUUUUUUAAAAAUUUUUUAACAAUGUAUUUUAGGUAUUAAAAAAAAAAAAAAAAAAA